AUGAAAGGAGGAGGCGCCAUUGUGAUGCACGCCGCCGCCCGCAAGCAGGUGCCCAAGUCCAAGACCUCCUUCUUCCUCUACAUCCUCCUCCUCUACGUACUCCUGCCCGUGCUGGUGCUCUACGUGGUCGCGCUCGCCGUGUCCCCGUUCUACUCCCGCCCGUGCCCGCAGGACGGCGGUGCCGGUGACGUCGCUCGUCUCGCGGCCGCCGCCGAUGGCAAGUGGCAUAAUAAUAGCAGCUCGUCGUCUACCUCGGUGACGCGGCUUCCGCCGCCCAAGGCGCGGCCGAAGCCGAAGGCUUCCGCGGACGACGAUGCCGCGCCCACCGGGCUGCGCCACAUUGUGUUCGGCAUCGGCGCGUCGUCGUCGCUCUGGAAGAGCCGGAGGGAGUACAUCAGGGUGUGGUGGCGGCCGGGGGAGAUGCGCGGCUUCGUGUGGCUGGACAAGCCGGUGCCGGAGCUGUACUCCAGGAACGCCUCCUCGGGUCUCCCCGGCAUCAAGAACAGCGGCAACACGUCCAGGUUCCCCUGCACGCACGGCGCCGGCAGCCGGUCGGCGCUGCGGAUCACGCGCAUCGUCUCGGAGAGUUUCCGGCUGGGCCUCCCGGGCGCGCGGUGGUUCGUGAUGGGCGACGACGACACGGUGUUCUUCCCGGACAACCUGGCGGAGAGCCACAUCCAGAACCUCAUCUUCUCGUACGGCAUGGCGUUCGGCGGCGGCGGGUUCGCCAUCAGCCGCACGCUGGCAGCGCAGCUGGCGCGCAUUCAGGACGGCUGCAUCGAGCGAUACCCCGCACUUUACGGCAGCGACGACCGCAUCCACGCGUGCAUGUCGGAGCUGGGGGUGCCGCUGACGCGCCACCUGGGCUUUCACCAGUGCGAUCUGUGGGGCGACGUGCUGGGCCUCCUGGGCGCGCACCCGGUGGCGCCGCUGGUGUCGCUGCACCACUUCGACUUCCUGCAGCCGGUGUUCCCGACGGUGCGGUCGCGGACGCAGGCGCUGCGGCGGCUGUUCGCGGGGCCCGUGGCGCUGGACCCGGCGGCCGUGGCGCAGCAGUCGGUGUGCUACGACGCCGGCAAGGAGUGGACGGUGUCCGUGUCGUGGGGUGUUCGCGGUGGUGGUGCUCAGCGGGGUGCUGUCGCCGCGGUAGAUGGAGACGCCGAUGCCGAUGCGGGCGUUCCUCAACUGAGGCCGCAGGUGUACUACAUGCGGCAGGCGCGGCUGGAACGCUGCCGGCGCAACCGCAACACCACCACGGUGACCGAGUACGAGCGGCACGGGGUGCCGCCCGCGCCGUGCCGGUGGCGCAUCCCGGACCCCGCCGCGCUGCUGGACCGCGUCGUCGUGCUCAAGAAGCCCGACCCCGAGCCCUGGAAACGGGCCCCGAGGAGGAAUUGCUGCAGGGUGGUGUCGUCGCCGACGGUGGGGAAGGACCGGAGGAUGACCAUCGACGUCGGCGUCUGCAGAGACGGCGAGUUCGCCAGGGUUUUUAGGCAGUCAUACAUCCGCUCGCCCCGUCUGCAGUUUGCGCAGGGGAAGUAG